UGCGCACGCGCAGACCGCGCGAGGCCGUUGGAAGGUGCGGCCCAGAGCGGCGGCUGGAGGGAUUCCGCCAGCCUGGGGCGGGGGCUGACGGCACACGAGACGUCUGCGACCUUAGAGCCCCCACGAAUCCAGCCCCUACGCCAUAGCCCAUUCCUGGCCCUUUUAGUUCCGUGCUUCCCCUUAAAAUGUGGGGCCUGGGCACACGAACGACAGACCUUACAGCCAAUGGUGUCCCGCACCAUAAAUCUGGUAUCCAAUCAAAAGGCGACGCUGCGAGGGCCCGGCGUGGGAACCACGCCCGACUCCAGGUGACUCUUUGGCAGGGAGGGGAGAGUGUCUCCAUCAGCUGAUAGGAUCCCCAUUCCAGUCCGUUCUUCGAGGCGAGUUACUGGGGACCAAGCUGCGGGAUCGUGCGGGCAGUGUGACCUGUCGCGGAAUCUUUGUGUGCUGUAGUCGAGGAGGAGAGUGAUGGAGGAGCAUCAAGAGGCUGGGAAGGAGAGCAAGCCUUCCUCCAUCUCAGUGGAUCUGCAGGGAGACAGCUCCUUGUCGGUGGAGAUCUCUGAUGCGGUCAGCGAACGGGACAAGGUGAAAUUCACUGUUCAAACCAAGAGCUGCCUCCCUCACUUCGCCCAGACCGAGUUCUCAGUCGUGCGGCAGCACGAGGAGUUCAUCUGGCUGCACGAUGCCUUCGUGGAGAAUGAGGAGUAUGCCGGCCUCAUUAUACCCCCAGCCCCUCCAAGGCCAGACUUUGAGGCUUCAAGGGAAAAACUGCCGAAGUCGGGUGAGGGGGACAGCUCUGUCACACGGGAGGAGUUUGCCAAAAUGAAGCAGGAGCUGGAAGCGGAGUACCUGGCUAUCUUUAAGAAGACAGUUGCAAUGCAUGAAGUCUUUCUGCAGUGCCUGGCAGCCCACCCCACCCUGCGACAAGACCACAACUUCUCUGUCUGUUUGGAAUACGGCCAGGAUCUGAGAGUCCGAGGAAAGAACAGGAAGGAGCUUCUUGGGGGGUUUCUGAGGAAUAUCGUGAAGUCUGCAGAUGAAGCCCUCAUCACUGGCAUGUCUGGGCUCAAGGAGGUGGAUGAUUUCUUUGAGCAUGAGAGGACCUUCCUGCUGCAGUACCACAUCCGCAUCCAGGAUGCCUGCCUGCAGGCAGACCGAGUCAUACACUCUCACAAGACUUGCCUGGCAGAGGGUUUUAACCCUAUCUCGGCUGCACUGAACAGUCUGGGAACACAGGAAGUCAACCAGCUAAAGAUGAGCUUCCUCAAAUUGGCAGAGCUCUUUGAACGGCUAAGGAAACUAGAGAGCCGAGCGGCUUCUGAUGAGGACCUGAAGCUUUCGGAUUUGCUGAGAUACUACAUGCGAGACUCACAGGCAGCCAAGGACUUGCUGUACCGGCGGCUGCGGUCACUGGCUGACUACGAGAAUGCCAACAAGGCACUAGACAAGGCACGUACCAGGAACCGGGAGGUGCGGACCGCGGAGAGCCACCAGCAACUGUGCUGCCAACGCUUUGAGCAUCUCUCUGACUCAGCCAAGCAGGUAAGCCCCACAGCCCUGGAGCCCCUGCCUGUAGGCUGCCUACCCUGCCAGGGUCCCUCUUCCUCUCCUCUCCAGAGCUCAUGGACUUCAAGUCCCGCCGCAUCUCCUCCUUCCGCAAGAACCUCAUCGAGCUGGCAGAGCUGGAGCUCAAACACGCUAAGGCCAGCACCCUGCUUCUCCGGAACACCUUUGUCAUCCUCAAGGGGGAGCCUUAGAGCCUGCUCUGGGAUCUUUAGGGACAAAAGUCCCCGACUCCCCACCCCAGGAGCCACUAGUCAUGCCCCAUGACCCCUCAGGGGAAGCCCCACCCCACCCCAAGGUGCCAGGCCCUGUAAGAGAACAGGGCCACCUGGGCACUGUGUUUGGCCACAGGUAAGCAGAGCCACAAACCUCCCUCCCUAGGGGCUGAGGGGCAGCCUCCACCCACCUCUGGCCCAUCUGUUUCCAGCCUGUUCACAAAUAAAAAGCCUGGAUUUGUAGCAA